AUGGACCUGGUGGAAAAUGCGUCACAUAUUUCUACUACUUCAAGUUCAGAAAGAAGAAGAAGAGGAGAGCGGAAAUUAACAUACCUGAAGAAGGAAGCAGAACUUCAGAAAGAAAAGCUGAAAUUAGAACAAGAAGAAAUUACCCACAAAGCGGAAGCAGCAAGAAAGAAACAAGAAGAAGAGAUAAAUCUGAAUCUACUCAAACAAGAAAGUGCUGUGAUGAUGGAUGAAGAGGAUGAUGUGUCGUUAUCUGUUACAACAGACAAUAGAAAGGACCGAACUAGAAGAUAUGUUGAAAACUUGAACUCACAUGAUAAUGACAUUGAACGUGAAGAUGCAGACCUUCGUACUCCGAUUCCUGCCGAAAGUGUUCCAAUUCCCACACCUUAUCGCCCGUCUUAUAUCCAGCGACAACAUUUUGCAGACAAUAGUGCAGCUCAUUUUCCUGUUGAUCAUGUUGAUCCUCUGUCAAAUACAGUUGAUAUACAGAACACUCAAACCCAGAUGUCAUCUGCAGACUCACAUUUGUCAGAGUUGACAUUAUUCCUCAUGCGAAAACAGCUUGUUCCAGAAAGAUUCUCUAAUUUCGACGAUAAAGUUGAAUCGUAUAAUUCUUGGAAAUCUUCAUUUCAAAGCAUUGUGGCUGAACUAAAAGUGUUAAAAUUUGAAGAGCUUGAAUUGCUCGUAAACCGUCUCUCAGGAAGGUCGAAGGAAGUGGCCACCAGCAUCCGUAAUGCCAACUCUGGUGAAACCGACCGUGCUGUCAAACUGAUAUGGGAACGAUUAGACGAGAUGUAUGGUAGACCUGAACUGAUUGAGUCUUCGCUGCGUUCACAAUUAGAGAACUUUCGACAAAUAGGUUCGAGUGAAAAUAGUAGACUAUACGACCUACUGAACAUUUUAAUCAAGAUUGAAUCGUUGAAAACAAACCCCCAGUUUGCCACAAGCUUAGCCUAUUAUGAUUCAUCUUCAGGAGUGAACCCCAUUAUCAGCAAGUUACCUUACAGCCUCCAAGAAAAGUGGAUCACUAGAGCAUCUGCCCACAAAAGAACAAAUCAAGUCCCAUUUCCACCCUUUUCCUUUUUUGUUACUUUUCUCAAGGAAAUGUGUGCUAUAAGAAAUGACCCUGUAUUUGUGUAUAGCAGACCAGCAGUUCCUGCUAAUAAGAACAGACCCGUACGUACUCCUAUGGUGCAAAGUCGUAAAUCAGAGGUGACUGACCCUGGACGAGUUGAUCCGAACCGGUGUCCUUAUCACAAGGCUGAUCACAGCAUACAUGACUGUUAUGGUUUUCGUGCAAAGCCACUUACUGAGAGAAAAAACUUUUUACAAAGCAGAAACAUUUGCACAAGAUGUUGUUUGUCAACCCAACACUUACCUAAGGACUGUCAAGUGAGAAUUCAGUGCAAAAUCUGCGGGUAUUCCAACCACGCCACAGCACUACAUGUGGAUAAAGUUUCAUCUUGGAGCCCAAGCAUUCAUGGCGGGGAGGGAAUUCGCAACUCCUUUACACAACCACUCUCCUCUGGUCCUGGCCAAGCAAACUUACCUUCAACGUCCAAGGUUUCGACAAGUAGUACUGUGACAUCAAAGUGUACGACUUUCUGCGGGGACAGAUUCCAAGGAAAAUCUUGCAGCAAAACCUUUCUUGUGGAUGUGUUUCAUGAAAACAACCCGAACAAUGUGCACCGUAUUUAUGUGAUCGUGGACGAUCAGUGCAAUCAGACACUUGCUUCACCCGAACUGUUAGAUAUCCUGAAUAUCUCUAGUGUACCUACCAAAUUCACCCUAACUACAUGUUCAGGAAAGACAGCUAUGUAUGGCAGAAAUGUUCUCGGACUCAAAGUGCGAUCUAUUGACAAGAACGUUACUUUAGACCUUCCAUCUACUCUCGAAUGCGAGGACAUACCUAACGAUUUAUCUGAAAUCCCAACACCGGAGAUUGCAGAAUCCUAUCAUCAUCUUAGUGUUAUCACAUCUAAGAUUCCUGAGUUUGAUCCAGACUCAAAAGUUCACUUACUGAUUGGCAGAGAUCUACUGGAAGCCAAUCAUGUUGAAGAGCAAAUCCUUGGACCCCGAGGAGCACCGUUCGCACAGAAACUCGUUCUUGGUUGGGCCAUUAUUGGCGAAGUCUGUCUUGGGAGGAUUCAUCAGAGAACGUCCCUUAACGUGAAGAAAGUCUCAGUUUUGAAUGACGGUAGAGUGACAUGCAAUGAACUUUGUCCGAAUCAUUUGCACAUCAAAGAACAGAUUUCAACUUCUAACAGUUUAGUUUGUGCUCGUGGUUUUCGGGGUGAUAAUGUAUUCACAAAGACGCCUGACGAUGACCAACUUGGUUUAUCAGUUGAGGAUCGUUUGUUCCUAAAGCUUAUGGACAAAACUUUCAAGAAGGACGAGGAAGGUUAUUGGACAGCCCCUCUGCCCUUUAGACAACUUCCUGAAUACUUACCCAACAACAAACCACAAGCAUUUCACCGAGCCCAAAUACUGCAUACAAACUUGCAAAGAGAUCAUGUUAAGAAAGAACAGUUUGUGGCAUUCAUGCGUAAAGUACUGGACAGUAGAGCAGCAGAAGUGGCUCCUUUGUCUUCAAAUGCAGUUUGUUGGUAUCUACCGUUAUUUGGAGUUCGCCACCCGAGAAAGCCAGAACAAAUUAGAGGUGUUUUUGAUUCAUCUGCUGUCAAUGAAGGUAUCUCACUCAACAGCCUUCUUAUCUCUGGUCCAGACAUGGUUAACAGCCUAUUAGGAAUCCUACUUCGCUUCAGGAAGGAUGAAGUGGCAAUUACUGCGGACAUUGAACAAAUGUUCUACCGUUUUCGGGUGGAUGAGGACCAUCGGGACUUCCUACGUUUUUAUUGGUACAGAGAGAAUGAUCCUGACGACAUCCUUGUUGAAUACAGAAUGCGUGCACACGUAUUUGGCAAUACUCCAUCGCCUGCCAUAGCAACUUACGGAAUACGCAAGACAGUAGAGAAUGCUGAUGAAGAUGUGAAGGACUUUGUGAAUCGUAACUUUUAUGUUGACGAUGGACUCAUUUCCUUGCCUGAUGAAGCCAGCGCUAUCGACCUCAUGAAACGCACCCAGUCCGUCAUGAAGUCAGAAGGUAGAUUAAGACUACACAAAAUUACCUCUAAUAAACUGGCAGUGAUGGAAGCAUUUGAUCCAAGUGACCAUGGUGAACAACUCAAGGAGUUUGACGACGACGAUUUGGUCCAUAGAAGCCUUGGUCUCUGUUGGAACCUGAAAGAUGACACAUUUAGAUUUACAGUGCCAGUGAAGGAAAAGCCAUUCACUCGACGUGGUCUAUUGUCAACGGUGAAUAGUUAA